AUGUCUUCAUCUCCUUCCCUGGCCACAGAAGACUGUGACAUCAAAGAGGAGUUCUAUAGGAUUGCAGGUUUCCCCAAUGUCAUUGGUGCAGUGGACUGCACACACAUAAGGAUAAAAGCCCCCUCAGGUGCCCAUGAGGCUGAUUUUGUGAAUAGGAAAUCCUUUCACAGCAUUAAUGUUCAGAUGGUCUGCAAUGCUGACUGUGUGAUCAGCAAUGUUGUGGCAAAAUGGCCUGGCUCAGUCCAUGACUCCAGAAUCUUUCGGGCCUCUGAAAUCUAUCAGUGCCUAUCACAAGGUGAAUUCUCUGGUGUGUUGCUGGGAGACAGGGGGUAUGGCUGCCAGCCUUUUCUCCUGACACCUUUCACAGACCCCCAGGAAGCACAGCAGGCCUACAACCAUGCCCAUGCCAGGACCAGGGCCAGAGUUGAAAUGACCUUUGGCCUCCUGAAGGCACGCUUUCACUGCCUUCACGAAUUAAGGGUCAGCCCUGUUAGGGCAUGUGAUAUUACUGUGGCUUGUGCUGUCCUCCACAAUGUGGCCUGCCUGAGGAAGGAGAGGGCCCCCAGAGUGCCACCAGCCAUGGACUGGGACAAUCCGGCAAUCUUCCCUGAUGACGACAGUGGUCGGCUGCUGAGGGACCAAUAUGUGUUGAAUUAUUUUAGUUAGUAUGUGUGCUUUCAAUUUUGGUUAAAUAUGUCCUGCGGUGGCAGAGGAAUUUGGUUUUUUUUGGGUUCGUUUUUUUACGAAUUUGGCCUCUUAUGAUGUUUGUGCGGUAUACUGUGUGUAAUACAAGGCUGCAGGGAGGCUACUGCAUCCAUUCAUUUGUCUGUUCA